GAAAUUUUUGUGUGGAUAAUUAGCUGUUCGUACAACGUCAAACAAACGGGUUAGUUAUAGCUGGACUCGCGUAUAAAAAGGCCCCAAAUCAGUUGUAGAACAUAAGCUUUCCAGCAAUGGCUAGUAUUUGGCGCCCCAUUGAUUUUGAUGAUGAAGGAGCAAGAGGACAGUCGCAAGGUCCCGAGCAAGGUUUGUAUGGACACAAGUGAAUUUACUGCGGGGUUUUAAAUUAUCAAACUAACUUUUUUUUAACUUAUAGGUUCUAAAAAACGUUGUCCUAUACUUAAGGAAGAAGAAGAAUUAGUCUUGAGUGCCUACCACAAGUUUGGAAACUGGAACGCUACUCUAACGCAUGUCAAACGUCACAUAGCCGACAUUCACGUAUGCAACCUCGCUAGAAAGGAAAAUGUCGUCGAAUACUAUUUCACUUCCACAAAUAAAGUAGCAAUAAAGAGAAUGCAGCGUAUCGUAAACUAGAGGAUGAAAAAAACGACUCCUGUCGAAAACKCCACAAGUUCCUCCAUGGUGAGCGCUUAGUUAUCAAAAACUCAAAGAUGCGGUACGCCAUGAAAAUGACACCAGAGGAAAGAGCACAGAAGAAAUUUGAAUUUGUCAACGAUUCUAUCCAAGAUGAUGAGGAUAUCGUAGAGCAUUCGGAAAAUAUGGGCAGCAUGGUGUGCGACGAGGAUUCUGAAAAUCCAGGUGAUGAUGUUUCAUGUAGCUCGAAAACUCCAACCAAAAAAAAGGUCAAAAGAAAAAAUCAUGCCAAAAAAGCAAAUGAAGCCCACACUAACAUGUGUCAAAAAGCCAUGAAUAUGAUGGACAAAAUAAACAGAAUGUUGGAUAAAUUGGACAAUGAUAGUAAUUAAUAUAGCCUUUGAGUUAUUGUAAAUCAUUGUUCCAAGAAAGUUUUUGAGCAAAAUGAAAUACAAAUGUCAUAUAAUUAACAACGUGUGUGUUUUGCAUCAUUUACGUAAAUACUAGCCAGGGAAGGGUUCUCCCCUAUAUUUGAUAUACGAGUAUGUGUAAAGGGUUUUGGGAGUCGUGCGGAACACCCCCACCCAAGUUGGGGAGGUAGUAUCCCCCUCCCCCCGGGAAUACUAGCAAGAAGUUGGAUAAUUUGCAUACACCUUUCCGAGCUAUACAAAUAAUACGGGGGUAGGCUUGAUAAAAGAAGGGCAAGAAAAUUCAACAGAAAGCAUUCUAGGUGUUAUUGUGGAAAAUACAGUAUGGGAACGUAAAAGAACUUGUAAAACUAGAGAAGGGUCAUGGAAUCGAAAUGAGAUGGAAACAAUCGGACCCAAACUUCAAAUCUGCCCUAAUUGCAAGCGAAGCUUCCAAGGCAACUACACUACUCGAUGCAAUUCGAAUAAGUGGGAGAAAAAGAUGGUUUUUACUUUCUUUAAUGAAAAGAUAUGCAGAUGGGCAAAAACAGGCGCAACGAAUUAUUAAAGCGGUUUCGAAGGAGGGAAAGAUACUUAAAGAAAAGCUAAAAAAAUACAACGCUUCUGUGCAGGUUCUCAUAGAAAAUGGCCUUGACUUUAACAUCCUCUCCUGGGAGCAGGCCAGCGAUGUUACAACAGGGAUACACAAGCAGUCCUCAGUAUCCCCUCUGCAAGCUUGGAAGAGGGAUGCCAUCGAGGCAUACACUCUUCUACAACGUGCAGGAGAGGAAAUUAACAUUAUCCACUCUGAAAUGCAUUCAGUGAUUUUGAAUGCAUACAAGGAUUGUAGAAGUUGCGAUGUGGCUACAGCUAUAAGUGGACACGCAGGGUCACUUACAACCAUCCAAGCUGGGUUACUAAGUAUCGCCAAAGCUAGGCAAUCACAUCACCACAUGCAUUUACAAUUUGCAGUGCAAUCGCUCUCAAAACAUGUGGACAUUUCCAGAGACAUUGACCAUUAUGUGGCCAACAUUCAACAAGUUGCAAUUGCUCCUCAUUGUGAAGCUGAAGAAGACAUUCUGCAAUCAGAUGAAGAAGAGGAUUUUCAGGACUCCCAAGAAAAUAUCCAAAAUGACAUUUCAAAAAACUAUUUGUUUGACGACUUCGGAAGUGAUAGUGGACUCGGCACAGAAUGUUAGAAUAAAAGAAAUAAAGUAACCAAUUGAGUUGUGUAUAUGUUUGUGUUUUUUUAUUUAACAGCAUAAGUUCAAUAAAAAGCCUUGAUUACAAUUCCGUAAUUAUUACUACAUUACAAACAGGGUUUUACAAAAAACGUAGUUACUAUGUUACAAAAGGUGCAGUUACUAGUCAGUAAUUAUUGGCUUACAAGCAUCAUUCCGUUACAAACCAGUAAUUACUAUGCACUGACAACACAGUAAUAACUAGGUCACAAAAGAUUUUCAGGCUCAAAUUCGUCCCCGAAAAGUCAAGUAACUUUUUAGUCGAGGAGUUUGCGUUCCACCUCCGCAGACAUGGAAUCUUGGCACAUUCGUCUCGAAAACGAUAUACAUGUAUUGUUACUAGGACUGAAAAGCUAGACUAUAUAACUGGAGAGAGGUAAUGUAUGGGUUUUUAACUAUAUAGCUAUGGUCAAUCCGCGACUUCCCGAUGUGCCCGUAAAUGUACACUAUAGACAAUUAACUAAUAUUAUUUAACACAAGCAUGGCAAGGGGUAUCAGGAAAAGGGGGACAAGUCUAUUUCUUCCGUACCUUUUUUUUAUUUCAGGAACGAUAAAAAAGUGUUUUUUUUAAUUACAAUGCAAUCACGGCAAUUUACAACACAGAACCGAUUUUAGCAAAGCCAUCCAAAUCAUUUUCGGCCUUGAGCAGUACACAAAUAUUAAGAGUAUUUGUUUAAUAACAUUUGUGUUGAGCACAUGGCGAGUGUGUACGGUUAUUAGUAUCUUGAAUAGUAAUAAUAACUACUUUAUUUAAAGAGGGAGGGUAGACUACUCAUCAUAAUACUUAUUUUUAAAUAUUUCGCUGUUAGAGUACAAACAUUAAA